CUACGCUUAAUUAUUUCUGGGCCCGGGAAUCGCGAUCCCGACUUUAUGUCAGAAAUCCCAUCUUUGCUUGUUCACGCUGCAAAGACUCCCAAAGGGGCCUGGGACGAUUUGCGACUCUGUCAAUUGACGACCACGAGGGACUGGAGUGUUGCCUAAGACAUUGAAGCGGGUUCCUUGACUGAACAAGCGUCCUCUGUUUCGGCAAUCGCUUCGCUCCGCAUAAUGCUGUCGGCCGUGUACAAGGCAGGCCGCGCUCCGGCCGUCCUCCGUCAUGGUCGCCGCGUCCCAGUAUCGCCCUCCCAGCUGAGGCCACUCACCUCUGUGCCCCAGAAUGGCCUCUUCCGCACACAGACCGAGUCCCCCAGCGCCAGGAUGAGCCAAAAACGGCUCUUCUCUGCCUCCACCGCCAUGGCGAGCGCCAAUGCGCAAAAUGCCCCCGAUCCGAAGGCCUACCUCUCGAGCGGAGUGGUAAAACCCAAAGAGAACGUUGAUGUCAAGAAGGUCCUCGUCAUUGGCAGUGGCGGUCUUGCCAUUGGCCAGGCGGGAGAGUUCGACUACUCCGGAUCGCAAGCCCUCAAGGCCCUCAAGGAGGCCGGCGUGGCUUCUGUGCUCAUCAAUCCCAACAUCGCUACCAUCCAGACAAAUCACUCCCUGGCCGAUGAGGUCUACUACCUCCCCGUCACCCCUGAGUACGUCGAGUAUGUCAUUCAAAAGGAAAAGCCCGAUGGCAUCUUUCUCUCCUUUGGUGGCCAGACGGCCCUCAACCUCGGUGUCCAGAUGCAGAAGCUGGGUCUGUUUGAGAAAUACGGUGUCAGAGUCCUCGGCACCAGCGUGAGGACACUUGAGCUCAGCGAGGACAGAGACCUCUUCGCAAAGGCCCUUGAGGAGAUCAACAUCCCUAUUGCCAAAUCCAUCGCCGUCAACACGGUCGACGAGGCUCUGGAUGCUGCUAAGAAGAUUGGCUACCCCAUCAUCGUUCGCGCUGCGUAUGCCCUGGGCGGUCUGGGUUCCGGCUUCGCCAACAACGAGGAGGAGCUGCGCAACAUGGCCGCCCGCUCACUCACCCUCUCGCCCCAGAUUUUGGUCGAGAAGUCGCUCAAGGGCUGGAAGGAGGUUGAGUACGAAGUUGUCCGUGAUGCGAAUAACAACUGCAUCACGGUGUGCAACAUGGAGAACUUCGACCCCCUGGGUAUCCACACCGGUGACUCCAUCGUCGUCGCGCCGAGCCAGACCCUGAGCGACGAGGAGUACCACAUGCUGCGGUCUGCCGCUAUCAAGAUCGUCAGGCAUUUGGGCGUCGUUGGCGAGUGCAACGUCCAGUAUGCGCUUCAGGCCGACGGUCUGGACUACAGGGUCAUUGAGGUCAACGCCCGUCUUUCCCGCUCGUCUGCCCUCGCCUCCAAGGCUACCGGCUACCCCUUGGCCUACACCGCGGCCAAGAUCGGCCUGGGCCACAGCCUACCCGAGCUGCCCAACGCGGUGACGAAGACGACGACCGCCAACUUCGAGCCGUCACUCGAUUACAUCGUUACCAAGAUUCCCAGGUGGGACCUGUCUAAGUUCCAACACGUCAAGCGGGACAUUGGUAGCGCCAUGAAGUCUGUUGGUGAGGUCAUGGCUAUUGGUCGUACCUUCGAGGAGUCAUUCCAGAAGGCCAUCAGGCAGGUCGACCCCAGGUUCGUGGGCUUCCAGGGUGACAAGUUCGAGAACCUCGACUACGAGCUCCAGAACCCCACCGACCGCCGCUGGCUGGCCGUCGGCCAGGCUAUGCUCCACGAGAACUACUCUGUCGACCGUGUCCAUGACCUGACCAAGAUCGACAAGUGGUUCCUGCACAAGCUGCAGAACAUUGUAGACUGCACCAAGGAGCUCCAACAGAUUGGCAGCCUCGCCGGCCUCAAGAAGGAGCACAUUUUCAAGGCCAAGAAGAUGGGUUUCUCUGACAAGCAGAUUGCCAUGGCAGUUGGCAGCACCGAGGACGAGGUCCGCGCCCGCAGGUUGGGGUUUGGCAUCCGCCCCUGGGUCAAGAGGAUCGAUACCCUCGCGGCCGAGUUCCCCGCGGAUACCAACUACCUGUACACCACCUACAACGCCUCUUCCCACGAUGUCACCUUCAAAGACAAGGGUACCGUCAUUCUGGGCAGCGGUGUCUAUCGCAUCGGUAGCUCUGUCGAGUUCGACUGGUGUGCCGUCAGCGCCACUCAGGCUCUGAGGGCCAUGGGCGAGAAGACCAUCAUGAUCAACUAUAAUCCCGAGACCUAUUCCACAGACUUCGACACGGCCGACAGGCUCUACUUCGAGGAGCUGAGCUACGAGCGUGUCAUGGAUAUCUACGAGCUGGAGAACGCGGGCGGUGUUGUGGUUUCAGUUGGCGGCCAGCUGCCCCAGAACAUCGCCCUCCGUCUCCAGGAGACGGGCGGUGCCAAGGUUCUCGGAACGGAUCCUCGCGACAUUGACAAGGCCGAGGACAGGCAGAAGUUCUCGGAAAUUCUGGACAGCAUUGGUGUUGACCAGCCGGCAUGGAAGGAGCUUACCUCGGUGGAGGCUGCUGAGCAGUUUGCUGGGCAAGUCGGCUACCCUGUCCUUGUCCGCCCUAGCUACGUCUUGUCUGGCGCUGCCAUGACAGUCAUUCGCAGCAAGGAGGACCUGAAGGAUAAGCUGGAGGCUGCUGCCAACGUCUCGCCCGACCACCCCGUCGUUAUCAGCAAGUUCAUUGAGGGUGCUAUGGAAAUCGACGUGGAUGGUGUCGCUUCCGAGGGCAAGCUGAUUCUUCACGCCGUCAGCGAGCACGUCGAGCAGGCUGGUGUCCACUCUGGCGAUGCUACUCUGGUUCUCCCGCCCGUUAGUCUGGACGGGACCACCAUGGAGCGUGUGAAGGGGAUUGCCCAGAAGAUUGCCCAGGCCCUGAAGAUUACUGGCCCCUUCAACAUGCAGAUCAUCAAGGCCGACGACCCCGAGGGCGGCCAGCCGCAGCUCAAAGUCAUCGAAUGCAACCUGCGUGCCUCCCGGUCAUUCCCUUUCGUCAGCAAGGUUCUCGGCACCAACUUCAUUGACGUCGCCACCAAGGCGCUCGUCGGCAAGCAGGUCCCUGACCCAACCGACCUGAUGGCUGUCAAGCGCGACUACCUCGCCACCAAGGUCCCGCAGUUCUCGUGGACCCGUCUGGCCGGUGCCGAUCCUUUCCUCGGCGUCGAGAUGGCAUCGACGGGCGAGAUGGCCUGCUUCGGCAAGGACCUAGUCGAGGCCUACUGGACCUCGCUGCAGUCGGCCAUGAACUUCCGCGUGCCCGAGCCCGGCGAGGGUCUCCUCUUUGGCGGCGAGCUGAGCAAGAGCUGGCUCACCACCGUGGUCGACCACCUCGCCCCCCUCGGCUACAAGCUGUACGCUGCCGACGCGGAGGUCAAGCAGCACCUGGAGUCGACGAGCAAGCACAAGAUCAACGUCGAGGUCAUUGAGUUCCCCAAGGAGGACAAGCGCGCCCUGCGCGAGGUGUUCAAGAAGUACGACAUUCGCGGCGUCUUCAACCUGGCCCAGGCCCGCGGCAAGACGGUCAUGGACGUCGACUACGUCAUGCGCCGCAAUGCCGUCGAUUUUGGCGUCCCGCUGUUCAUGGAGCCUCAGACUGCCAUGCUCUUCGCUCAGUGCAUGAGCGAGAAGCUGCCUCGCCCCGAGGGCAUUCCCUCCGAGGUGCGCAGGUGGUCCGAGUUCAUUGGCGGCAAGCCCUUGUAAAUAUGAAAUGAUACCUCUUCUGUUACCUACCUUAUAUCAAACGAUCUGGCUGUGAAGGUGUUUCUUUCUUCGAGCACAAAAAGACUAGUUGGUGGCGUUGUUCAGGGGCAUGUUUCUUCAUUGGAUCUUGAGCGGGGGGGAUAGGGCGAUAUUUGUGUGGGAUUUUCAUGAUAGUUUGUCAGUUUCAGCAAGCCAGCAAUACUUUGGAGCUACCAUGUUUCGUUAGAGCGCGGCUGUCUUACCUGCGGCGUUCGAUCUGUACUCAGCGUGUAGUGGCUCGAGGCAGAGAUCUGAUGGUGUUCCCUUGUCCUGCCCCCGACUUGAAUGAAAAGCGAGUACCCAU